AUGAGUGGCAGUAAUGAUGUCCCAGGCAUCGACACCAGCGGCCUGCGCGAGAGGCUACCGCAAAACCCCGACAUACCACAAAAAGCUGCGUCUACCGAGACUGCCCAGCAAGCAGUACGACAGCUGAACGAUCAAGAAGCACAAGGUGGAAAGGAUGAGAAGGACAAACGUACAUUUGGACGGACGCCAGAUGGCACAGCCAACAUCGUUGAGCCCACAAGCGACAAAGCUAAUGCCUCCGGAAAUGUAGUCUUCACCGUGCCUCACACCGAGGACAUGGUUUCGCAGCUGUUCGACCCAACGCAACCAAAGAACGCUUCCGAUGUAGCCAUCGUGACCGUGCUGGCCUACUACGCUCUCCUGUGGUACUUCUUACCUCAAACAUGGCGCAUACCCAUCUUCGCUAUCAUGUUCCUGUUCUGGCGGCUUUGCUACAAUGCUGGCAUAGGGUGGCUGCUACACAAUCAGUCACACCAUAAGCGGCUGAUAGCCUGGGCCAAUAAGAGCCAUAUCUUCGAAAACCCCCAGACCGGGACCAAUCCGCAUCCGUUCUUGUACAAGUUCUUGAAGCAAGAAAUGGAAGCCAAGAUUCCUAAAGACUACAAGUUUGAAGACGCGCCAAUUGAGUUCAAUACUUGGCUUGUCUUUCGACGAGUGGUAGAUCUCAUCCUGAUGAGUGAUUUCACCUGCUACAUCCUUUUCGCUGCUGCGUGUGGUGGCCGUCCGGCAAACGAGAAACUACUCAUGACCGUUGCACGCUGGGUAGGUGGCUGGCUCCUUGUCUUUUUCAAUUUGUGGGUUAAGCUUGAUGCUCACAGGGUGGUAAAGGACUUCGCAUGGUACUGGGGUGACUUCUUCUUUCUGAUCGACCAGGAGCUCACCUUCGAUGGCGUCUUCGAGCUUGCGCCACACCCAAUGUACUCCGUCGGCUACGCUGGCUUCUACGGAAUCUCGAUGAUGGCAGCAAGCUACAAGGUCCUCUUCAUCUCAAUCAUUGCUCACGCCGCACAAUUGAUCUUCCUCGCCUUUGUUGAGUCACCACAUAUUGAGCGGACAUACAAUAGCUCUCCGCCUCCGAAAAGGACCGAGAUCGAGGACGACACAAGUGCAAUCCAGAGACCUAGCUAUCAAUCUCGACUCCUCAGCGCAGCCAAUGCGGACGCAUACCCUGCUCAAGAGCCCAUCGCCCAGCCAUCACCGAUACACUCCUUGAUUGGCUUACAGCAUAUUGACUUACACAGGAUAACAGAUGUCUCAGUCAUUAUUAUCCAGAUCUACAUGUAUAUCUUCGCUUUCCUGACACCCUCUACAAAGCUCUGGCAGACUUUCUUUGUAGUCAGUGCUACCCUCUGGCGUCUAUGGUACUCUCUUGGCAUCGGCUUCAUCCUUGAUCGCCAAUCGAACAAGAAGAGGUGGACUCGCCACUUUUUGAAAUACGGAGAAAGCACUGAAGAGGCUUGGCGGCAGUGGAAAGGCAUCUACCAUUUUAGCAUGGUCAUGUGCUACACCAGCUUUGUGUGUGCUGCCUACAAAAUGUAUGGUUUGCCGGACGACUGGACCAUUGGCAUGUCUACACUGCGACACGUUCUUGGUGUCGCGUUGAUCUCUCUCCAGCUCUGGACCAUCUCAAGCAUCUAUGAGUCACUUGGUGAGUUCGGCUGGUUCUUCGGCGACUUCUUCUUCGUCGAACAAGCUCCCAAGCUGAAUUACAGUGGUAUCUACCGCUUCCUGAACAAUCCUGAGCGAACCAUCGGUCUUGCUGGAGUCUGGGGAGCUGCCAUCAUCACUUGGAGCAAAGCUGUGUUUCUGCUUGCUUUGCUCAGUCAUGCUCUCACUCUAUGCUUCAUCCAAUUCGUCGAGCGUCCCCACAUGCAGAAGCUGUACAGGAUGAGCAUUCGCGAGACAUCUGGUGUGUCGCGCAGUAUCAAGCGAUCACUACCAUCACCUUUGCAGAAGUGGACCGGUACAGUCGACAAAGCUCUGGACGAUAGCUUCGACUUCCUGGAGGACAUCAUUGAUGCAGCCACGCCCAAGCUAGCAGAAGGCUUCAGUCACUUCGUCACAGACUCCAAGUCUUUGUUCAAGCAGUUCCCAGCCCGCGUAAGCAUAUCACGCAUCGCACCUGAUCUUGCAGGCUACGAUCCCAAGGACUACUCGUUGGAGAUCGACAAAUCUACCUCUGGUGUAAAGCAAGCCAACGCAGCGCAAAGUGGACGAGAAGGCGAGGAUGGACAAAAAGCACAGAAGCACCAAGACAACUUCCGAAGAAUAAUCGUCGAGUAUGGCGCACCCAUUAGAGUGAAAUGGACCGCCCCUCUUAACCACAGUAACAAGGACUGGGUUGGUCUGUUUAUAGUCGGUGACAACGCGUCACGGGAUGUGACUAGAGUAUCUUCGCAAGCAAGAUGGGUGGCGACAAAUAAGGGCGCCUGGGACUACACCAAUGCCAGCGAUGGUAUCCUAGUCGCCGAACAGAAAGUGUCUGGCAAAACCAGAAGUGACGGCGAGUCGAAGGACUUCAUGUCUGGUGUGCUAGAGUUCUCUGGUGACAAGCUCUGGUGGACGCAAGGUAUCUUCGAAUUCCGCUACCACCAUGACGGCAAGCACAAUGUCAUGGCUGUUUCACUGCCAUUCGAGAUCCGCAUCGACCGCUUUGACGACGAGCGCGUGGAUUACAAUGCAGACGCAACGAUUAGAUCCACGAUGGAAGGUGCACUCCUGCCGGUCGUCCAGAAUUGCUUCGAUCGUGCCCCAGACGUCGCACCGCGCACAGCAGAUGAGACCUUCGGCCCUACUUUAGAGCGAGAAGGCAAAUAUGCCAGGAGAGUCGUGUAUGCCGUCCAACAAAUGUUCGGUAUCGAGUUUGCGCCGGAAGUGGUCCAGGCAGAUGGGAAUGUCAAGAAUCUGGCCUGGAGGUUAGCGUCUGCGAAGAAAGUACUCGCGCCAUUCUCGAUGUCACAUUCGAAGGGAGCUACAACACCACAAUAA